CUGAGCUUGAGAAAUGCUGUCCAAAAGUUCUGUUGGAUUAGGUCGUUUGGCACUUCUUGCCGAGAAUUCAAGAAGGGGGAAGGAAUGACACAAGAGAGCAACAAGCAACAGAAAGAGAUUUAGAGCCAGCGGAGGAGAGGGAAAACAUGUCUGCCUUCGUCUCCAAGAAUUCUACACUCCUCCUGCAAGUCGGGCCUCGUGAUUGGCUGGGAAGCUACUAGGCAGCAGUAACGGCCCACUUCCUGGAACUUGACAUGCUGUCCGCCGCGUCUGCCGUCAUCCGUCGAGGGGCCGCGAGAUGCGGGAAUGGCCGGCGCGCCAUGGCAACGGUUAUCUCGGGCAACAAGACGUCACAGCUGGUGAGGGAGAGGUUAAAGACGGACGUGGCCGAGAUGAGGAGCCAUUUCCCAGGCUUCAGGCCAGGCUUGGUCGUGCUCCAGGUUGGCGAUAGAGAUGACUCCAACCUCUACAUCAGCAUGAAACUGAAGGCGGCAGCAGAGAUUGGAAUCAAUGCCAACCACAUCCGACUGCCAAAUUCCGCCACAGAGGAAGAGGUGUUGCGCAGCAUUGUGGCGGUGAACGAGGACCCUGCUGUGCACGGCCUGAUUGUGCAGCUACCCCUGGACUCGGUCAACCCCAUCGACACGGAGAAGGUGACCAACAUGGUGGCUCCAGAGAAGGAUGUAGACGGCCUCACUAGCAUCAAUGCCGGGAAACUUUCCCGUGGGGAUCUGGGAGACUGUUUCAUCCCCUGCACACCAAAUGGAUGCAUGGAGCUCAUCGCCCAGUCAGGGACUUCAGUAGCGGGUAAGAACGCUGUGGUGAUCGGGCGCAGUAAGAUCGUAGGAGCUCCAAUGCAUGACCUGCUUCUGUGGAGUCAUGCCACAGUGACUACCUGCCACUCAAAGACCAAGGACCUGGCUGCACAGGUGGGCCGGGCGGACAUCUUGGUGGUGGGAGCGGGCAAGGCCGAGAUGGUCAAAGGAGAGUGGGUGAAGGACGGGGCCGUGGUCAUCGACUGUGGGAUCAAUCACAUCCCAGACAGCAGUAAGGCCAGUGGUAAGCGUGUGGUGGGGGACGUGCAUUACCCCUCCGCUAAGGAGAGGGCGGCCUACAUCACCCCAGUGCCAGGAGGGGUGGGCCCCAUGACCGUGGCCAUGUUGAUGGAGAAUACUGUUGUCAGUGCCAAGAGGUUCCUGAAGACAUAUCGUCCAGGGAAGUGGAACAUCUCCUACUCCCCUCUGAAGCCAGUUCACCCAAAGCCAAGUGACACUGCCAUCUCCCAGGCGUGCGUGACCAAGCCCGUGGGGAAGCUGGCCCGGGAGGUGGGCCUGUUCUCCGAGGAGGUGGAGCCUCAGGGACGCCACAGGGCCAAGGUGCAGCUGGACGUCCUGACGCGCAUGAGGGCACAGCCUGAUGGGAAAUACGUGGUGGUGACGGGAAUCACGCCAACACCAUUGGGAGAAGGGAAGACCACCACCACCCUUGGGCUGACCCAAGCACUGGGGGCACACCUGAACGUAAACACCAUCGCCUGUGUGAGGCAACCAACCACGGGAGCCACAUUCAGUGUCAAAGGAGGUGCUGUGGGCGGAGGAUAUUCUCAAAUUGUGCCUGUUGAGGAGGCAAGUCUGCUGCUGACCAGUGACACUCAGGCCGUAUCCACGGCAACCUGUUUGGUGUUGGACACCAUUAAUGCUCGCAUGCAGAGCGAGGCCCAGCAGACAAACCAGAGCCUGUUUGAUCUCCUGGUGCCUCUCCGAGAUGGCCAAAGGGAAUUUUCACCGUCUCAGCUGAGGAGAAUAGAGAAACUUGGGAUUGACAAGCCGGACCCUCUGACACUGACCGGCGAGGAGAUAAGGAAAUUUGUUAAACUGGACAUUGAUCCCUUCAAGGUGUCAGUGGACAAGCUGAGCCCCUCUGUAGGAAAUGAAAUCAUGGCCAUCUUGGCUUUGAGCACAAGCAUACAGGACCUGCGAGAUCGCCUGGCCAAGAUGGUGGUGACGAGCGACUGCUCAGGAGAACCCGUCACAAUAGAAGACUUGGGAGUGACCUCUGUGCUGACCGUUCUCCUGAGAGAUGCCCUGAAGCCGUGCCUGAUGCAAACCGUAGAGGGCUCUCCUGUGUUUAUUCACACCAGUCCAUCUGCGGACCUGGGCCAUGGGAACUCGUCCAUCCUGGCUGACAAGAUGGCCUUGAAGCUGGUGGGGCCUGCGGGCUUUGUGGUGACUGAGGCUGGCUGCGGUGCAGAGCUUGGUCUGGAGAAGUUCUUUAACAUCAAGUGCCGCUACUCAGGGCUGCAGCCAGAUGUGGUAGUGAUGGUGGCCACUGUCCGCGCCCUCAAGAUGCACGGCACAGAGCAGAAGAACGCCAACCAACUGGAGUUUGGCUGUAGUCAUUUGAGAAGGCAAAUAGAGAACGCAAGAGCAUAUGGAUUACCAGUGGUCGUGGCCGUCAAUACAUUUGUUGCUGACACAGAGGAGGAGCUGGAGAUGGUGUGUGCCCAGUCGCGGUUGGCCGGGGCCUUUGAUGUGGUGCGCUGCACUCACUGGUCUGAGGGGGGCGCCGGUGCGGUGGCUCUGGGGAAGGCCGUCCAGAGGGCUGCCGAGGUCCCCCAUCCUUUCAUGUAUCUCUACCCACUGGAGAUCCCGAUUGAGGAAAAGAUUCGCACUGUGGCCCAAAGAAUGUACGGAGCACAAGACGUCCAAUUCUCAGCUCAAGCAAUGGACAAAAUCGGACUUUAUACCAAACAGGGGUUGGCGAACUUGCCAGUCUGCAUUGCCAAGACCCACCUGUCUCUGAGCCACGACCCGGAGAGGACAGGAGUACCCAAAGACUUUGUUUUGCCCAUUGUGGACAUCCAAGCCAAUGUGGGGGCCGGGUUCCUCUGUUCUGUUGUGGACACUACGAUGGCUCCAUCGCACAGACGAACGUGGCCUUGUUACCAUGACAAUGACCUCUAUUCCGUCAUGCAGUAGGUUCAGACCCCGAGGUCUGGCCGUAGCCUACAGAGGCACAGUUUCCAUUACACCUGCCACUUGAAGGGAAAUGGAAGAAGUAUCAGCUCCUCCAUCUCAGAGAGCCACCCAAGCAAUCAAGCAGAGCAAGGACGGACAGAAACACAGCUUUUUGCAGGACUGAAAGACCCCUUUGCCUCCUCACACACUUUCAUUCAAUGUGCCUUUUUUGUGAUGUCACAUCCUGUACAAAAAAACCCACAAAGCCCCAAAUAGAAGCAGUGGUCUCAAAGGAAAUACAAUCUGCUGCAUUCAUUUGAAAAAAAAAAAAUGUGAGUCCUUUCCUUUGCCCUUCCGUUUUUCUUCCCCUUGACUGAAUACAUUUCUGGUAGUCCUUCCUGCAAACUACUACUCCUACAGUACUCCAGAUAGCUUGUUGCUAUUGCAUGGCGACUUAAGUCCCUGAGUGGAUUUUCCAAUCUCAAAAUAGCAACAUCACUCCUUCACAAAUUCAAGAAUCCAAACAUGGCUUGGGAUAUGGCUGUGCUGUCUCCAUGAAUGACUCUUGCCUAUUUUCUUGCAGCUGAAGGAGAUGUCAAAACCGCGAAAGGGUGUGAUAACUGUGUUACCUGUUGGGUUCAGAGGAGGUAGACUUGAGUGGUUGUGAAGGAAUCUAUUUUGGUGUUACUUUCAGAAGAACAUGGAAGGGGGCACAGAAAAUGCUAUAGAAAGCCACAUAUAGUAUCUUAUUCCUUAAUCUGAUGAAUUCCUUUUAAUGUGAUGAAAUACAGUGUUCCAUUAUGUACAAGGUACUGUACACACACAGCUGCUUGGGCUAAUGUGAUUUGCUGUACGAUCUCAAUCCAAUGUGGGUUUGAAGGGUCUGUCUAUGGAGUCAUCUGUUAUACCAAUUUGGUAGCAUUGAUUUCCAAAGAAAAGUAUUAAGCAAAAAAACAAAAAUAAUAAUCGAUCCUCAAAGGGCCAUUCCCACCAAUCAUCUGUUUCGUACUGUACUGUCAUCUCCCGUAGCCCCAUGCAUCACGGACACUCCACACCACCCACGAGUUAAUUGACCUUUUGAUUAAGGAAAAGAUGACUGUUGCCAUGGCUACCUAGCAAAUGGUGUGAUUGUAUUAUUAGGCCCUCUCUGCUCAUUAGUGUCCGUCUGUAUUUAUUUAAAGGCUGUUUAAGUGAACAUGCUGAGACCAAGGGUGCGUUCCAAUAUGCGACCUUGCGUCCUCCA